AUAAAACAGUUUUUACUAUUGUUUACAUAUCUUAAGGGUAGAGAAAAAUUACAAACAUUUAUAGUAAUUUCUAUAAUUAAUUACAUUUUAAACGCAAAUUUAUACAAAAUUUCAAACACAAAGUCUUACUAAUUAUGUUAAUAAUCGAAAUAUAUGGACGGGUGUGUCGAGUGUGUAUGUGUAAAUCGAAUAAUUUGCAUAGUUUAAAUGACAGCACCGAAGAGUGUCUAACCAUGAAUGAAAUGUUGACGAAAACUGUCUCCGGCAUACACGCCAACAUCGAAUUUCCAGUGCCUCAAGAAAUUUGUGAUUUAUGCAUGGAGCAUUUACAGAUUGCCUAUAGAUUUCAACAGCUGUGCAUGAGCACCAAUGAACAAAUGCAAAAAAUCUGGGAACAGUCACAAAAGGCAGAGGUUAAGCAGCAGCACUCGUUAACAGGAGAAGUAGAGAAUGAAGAAGAUGAACCAGAUCCCAUUAAGGUGGAAUAUGAUAUGGUGGAGGGGGAGGAGCAAAAAUUCGAUAAUGUUGAAAUGUUGGAAGAUUUUGAAAAUGUGGAAAAUGGUCAGAAAUGGGAAAAUGAUACGGAUGAGGCUCCGGAUAGAGAUGAAUUGGCCUGCCAAGAUACUUCAUUAAAAUCAAGUUCUUCAUCUUCUGGUCGGCUUGGCGCUAUGCGCUUUAACUGCCUAGAAUGUAAGGAAUCAUUUUCAAAACAUUCUCAACUGAAACGUCAUCGUCGUAAACAUGAGUCAACAAAUCCCUUUGAUUGUCAGAAGUGUACACAACGUUUUAAAAGUAAACCUCUGCUGGCAAAACAUUCAAAAAGCUGCAAAAAAGACAAAUGUCCGGUGGUGGGUAAAAGUGAUAGUGAUAGUGAAGAUACUGAUGAUGACGAUGUGCCUCUAAGCACUUUAAAGAAAACAGAAAGUGAUAAUGAAAGUGACGUCUCCAAGGAAAAUAAUAAAAAGAAACGAAAAUCCAUAAAAAGUGAGAAAAAGACUCCUUACCAUUGUUCUCAGUGCAAUAGCUAUUUCAAAUAUAGUUAUCAGUUGACAAAACAUCGUUGCAGCGAUGAAAACAAUGAAGAACAUCAGUGCGGUGUUUGUAAUAAGACAUUUAGCACAGAAAUUAUGUUGAAAAAACAUAUUAGUAGCAAACAUAAAGACAACAAAAACAAAACAGAGAAAAAGACUUUAGACAAAAGUAAAGUCUCUGAUGAAGAGGAAGGUGAUGAGGAAUUUAAACCCGAAGAAGUUGACAUGGAUCAAGACAAUGAUAAUUGGAAUGAUCAAGGCGAAUCCUCAGAUGAUAGUGAUUCCGAUUAUGCAGAAAAAGAAAAAACUACAGCCAAGGCCAAACCGGAGCCAUUAGAAAAUCAAUAUAAAUGUAAGGAAUGUUUUGCUUCAUUCAGAUUCGAAAAGCAACUUGCUAGACAUAUGAAAAAACACACAGAAGCCCAUCGUUUUAUAUGUGUUUUGUGUUGGGAUCGUUUCAAGUAUCCGCAUAUGCUGCAUAAACACAUGCAAAAACAUCAUCCGGAGGAUAAUCCUAAUCCCAAAGUGGCCGAGGCCAAACCGGAAAAUGUCGAAAAGACACAUGUUUGCAGUUACUGUCCAUCGGCCUAUUCAAAUGUGGGCGGUUUGGCUCAACAUAUGAGUAAGAAACAUCCCGAAAUAAAACCUUUCAAAUGUGACAAAUGCGAUAAGACAUUUGUGGUCGAGGAACAUUUGAAAAUACACACAAAUCGUCAUAUGGGUAUUAAGAACUUUAAAUGUGAUCUUUGUGAUAAAUCAUUUUCAUUCAAAUUUGCCAUGAAACAGCAUAUGCGCAUACACACUGGAGAUUUGAAUUAUUUGUGCACCUUGUGUGGCAAAAAGUUCUAUAGACCCAGUAAUUUACGCCAGCAUAUGCAACGUCAUGGUGAUGAUAAGCCCUAUACAUGUCCACACUGUCCCAAGCGUUUUAAAUGUCCCUCGGAUCGUUAUAUACAUUUAAUGUCACAUCAAGAGGGUAAAAAUCAUGUUUGUCAGACUUGUGGUGCCAGAUUUUCUCGAGUGGAUACUUUACAUCAGCAUCAAAUUUUGCACACAGGAGAAAAACGCUAUAAAUGUGACCAAUGUCCCAUGGCCUUCCCCCGUUUAAUGAAUUUAAAUCGUCACUUACGCACCCAUACCGGUGAGAAACCCUACAAAUGUAAAUUUUGCGAAAAAGCCUAUGCCCAGAGUAAUGAUUUAAAUAAACAUUUACGCACCCAUGUAGGUGAGAAUACCUACAUGUGUACCCAGUGUCCGGCUGCGUAUAAAUAUCAAGCGGACUUAAGAAAUCAUGAAUGGGAACAUUAUCGCCUACAAAAGGAGGCCGAACAAAAGGCUAAAGAUGAAGCGUCUGCCUUAAAAACGAAAGAAGAACAAACUGUUAUGGAAGUUAAUGUAGGCAUGCAGCUGCCUGAAGAAAUUUGUAAAACUUGUCUUAAUAAAUUGAAAAAAGCCUACGAUUUUGUGCAAAUAUGUGAAAGGAGCAACAAGGAAUUGCAAAAUAUUUGGAAGCAACGGGAGCAGGACACGUUAACUGAAAACAAUACAAAGGACAAUGUAAAGCAAGAGUUGACAGUUACUCCUAUUGAAGAUUCCCCACAAGACAUGGGAAAAAUUGAAAAAGCAAAUGAAAGUGAUGCGGAAGACAAUAGCAGCUCAGAGUAUUCUUGGCCUAUUCUAGAAGAAUAUAAUGGAGGAAGUUACUUUGAUAUAAGUUCCACACAAACUUCUGAAGAGUUAGAAUUGGAAAUUGAAAAAUCAAAUAAGAAUAAAACAAAAUACACUAGCGACUCUGAGGAUUCUUGGGAUAAAAAUAAUAGUGAAAGCAGUAGCAGUGAAAAUGAUACAACAGCUUCACCACCAACUAAAAAAACAUUAUUAACUGGACACUUAGCAAAGGAAUUUGCUUGUCACAUGUGUAGCUAUCGUUAUUCAACCGAAAGAAAACUUAUAAAUCACUUAGUUUGGAUACACAAAUUUAAAGCCAGUAAUUUACAUAAGGGACACUAUGACUGUGAUUUAAAUAAAAAAAUGGCUUCACUUCCAAAUGUUAGUGUUUGUCGAACUUGUUUAAAACAUUCCAAAAAUAUGCAAAAAUUAAGUGAUUUAUUUGAAAAUGAUAACAAAAUCGAAGAUAUCCUUAAACAAACCAUUCCCAAUUUUGUGUUGAAAAUUGGUGAACUUCCAUUGCCUGAAGAAAUAUGUAAACCGUGUCUUAAUAAGCUAAAAAAAUCCUAUGAUUUUGUACAAACAUAUCAUAAAAGCAAUAAAGAAUUGCUAAGUAUUUGGAAACAACAGAUGGGGAAAGUGGAAAACUGCCCUGAAGAUAAGGAAAUGAAUUUUAAGUCAGAACUAGAGGAAGAAUUUAGAUUUAACGUUACUGCCGAUAUGAGUUCAAUGCAAGACAUUGAAGAGAUAAAAUUUGAAAUGGAAGAACCAAGUGAGAGUACUUUUGAAGAUAAAAAUCAUAUUCAAAGGUGUAACAGUAAUAUUAAUCAUCCACAAGACUUUGCAGAGACAAAACUUGAAAUAGAAAAAUCAGAUAACAGUCAAAUGGCAUGCACUAGCAGUUCAGAGGAUUGUUGGCCUUUUCAGGAUAAAAAUAAUAGUGAAAGCUUUUAUUUUGAUGUUUGGCCACGAAAACCACAAAAUGAUGAAGAACGCCAUGAAGAAAUAAAAACUCACUUGGAUGACAAACAAACGGCGACAGAGUUAAAUUUUAAAUGUCCUACUUGUGAUCAAAUGUUUCCCGAAGAAAAUCAGCUGAAAUAUCAUAUUAAUGAACAUAUGGGCUACAAAAAAUUACAUUGCAAUAUAUGUGAAAAGAUUUUUAUCACUAGCUUGGCCUUAAGAGAACAUAAACUUGAUCAUGUGAAUAAAGAACAAUUUUUAUGUCCACACUGUGGUAAAUCUUUUAAAACUGCGAAUAUAUUACGUUUACAUGUUGUAAGACAUGGUGACAGAAAAUACCACUGUGCAGAAUGUCCAAUGAAGUUUUAUGUUCAAUCAAAACUAAAUGAACAUAUGAGCGUACAUACCAAACUAAAACCUUAUAUAUGUAAUGUUUGCGAUAAAACUUUUGCCCGUCCUUCAUCAUUAAAAGCCCAUAAGUUUAUUCAUACCGGAAAAAGGCCUUUUCAAUGUGAUUUAUGUAAUAUGUGCUUUGCUUUUAAACGCCACUUGAAGAGACAUAAAAUCACUCAUACUGGAGAAAAACCUUACGCCUGCACCUAUUGUGAUCGUGCUUAUGCUUCCAGUGGUGAUUUAGUUAAACAUUUACGUUCGCAUAAAAAAUUCUUCACGUACGCUUUUGUUUACAAGCGCAUAAUAUUAACAAAAUUUCUUUAUUUUAUAUUAAUUUUUAUUGUGAAAAAAAUCAUGACUACAAUAUUAUUGGGUCGUAUUUGUCGUACCUGUUUAAAGAAAUCCCAAGAUAUGCAUAAGUUACGUGAGUUUAUACGUGAUGACUUACAAAUCGAGGACAUGCUUAAUCAGGCUAUACCUAAUUUUGAUUUGGGCAUGGAUGACAUACCACUGCCGGUGGAGAUAUGUAAAGAGUGUUUGAAUAAAGUACAAAAAAGCUAUGACUUUGUACAGGUUUGCCUGAACAGUAAUAAGGAGCUAAGGAAUAUCUUAAAUCAGCAGGAGCAAGAAAUCGAAGACUCUUUAAUGGGCGGUACUUGCGAAGUAAAUCCCAUGGAGAUUUUAGAGGAAACUGAUAUUUUAAUGGAUAAUUUUAAAAAAGAACCGCAUGAUGAAAACUCUAAUGCCAGCCAGAACAAAGUUAAUGGCGGUGUUGAGGUCUUAAGUCCUUAUCGUGAAUUGGAGGCUGUAAAGCUGGAAGUGGAAAUGUUAAGUGGUAGCCAUCAUGAUGAUGGUAGUAGUUCUGAGGAAUAUUGGCCCCAUGAUGGCAAGGAAGACAGUGAUAACAAUUUUUUUGAAAAUAUGGCCAAAAAAUCGGUAUUAGACAUUAAACCAAAACGUAAAUAUAGCCGUAGAGUUCCCUUAAAACGUGGCGGUACUAAAGUGUGUCUACACUGUAAUAAGGUGUUUGCUAAACAAAAUCUUUUAACCAAACAUUUGUCUGUACACGAUCCGGACAAUGAAUUUGUUUGCGACGUUUGUAACUAUCGCUUUUCCAGCGAACGCAAACUAAAGACACAUUUUACCAAUAAACAUACCGGUGUGGAAAUAAGUUUAGCGGGUGGUCCUUAUCCCUGUCCUGAUUGUCCCAUGAUAUUUCAACAAACACGCGCCUUGGCAGCUCAUAGUGUUAUGCAUUCGGAAAGGGAUUUUAAAUGUCAAGUGUGUGAUUUGUCCCUUAAGACUAUGGCAGCUGUUACGCGGCACAUGAAUUGUAAACAUCCUGAUGUUUUGCCCUAUAAGUGUAAUAUAUGCGAUAAAGCAUUCCCAGUUGAAAAUCAUUUGAAUGAUCAUAUUAACGAGCAUAUGGGUUAUAAGAAACACAAGUGUGAUUUAUGUGAGAAAAGUUUUCCUAAUACUACUGCUCUUAAGGAUCAUGUACGCGUCCAUACAGGUGAAUCUCCUUUCUUGUGUCCUCACUGUGGCAAAGCUUUUAAAACUGGCAAUGUUUUACGUCAACAUUUACAAAGACAUGGUGAGAAGAAAUUCCAUUGUCCCGAAUGUCCUAUGAAAUUUUACGUUAAAGUAAAUCUAACCAAACAUAUGAGUUCACACACUAAACUUAAGCCUCAUGUGUGUGAUAUAUGCGGUUCAGCUUUUACACGUCAAGAUUCCUUGAAGGCUCAUAAAUUUAAGCAUUCCGGUGAGAGACCUUUCAAGUGUGAGGACUGCAAUAUGAGCUUUGUUUUCAAACGCCACUUGAAACGCCACAAAAUAACUCACACUGGUGAAAAGCCUCAUAUGUGCAGUUUUUGUGAUCGUGCUUAUGCGGCCAGUGGUGAUUUGGUUAAACAUUUGCGUACCCAUGUGGGAGAAAAGACGUAUUUUUGUGACCAAUGUCCCGAAUCAUUUAAAUAUGCAAUUGAUCUUAAAGACCAUAAGGUUAUGCAUUAUAAGGAAAUAAGAAAUUUACAACAAACACAACAACAAGAUCAACAAGAAAAGCAAGAAGAAAAUAUUGUGGAAAAAAUUCCCGAAAUAUCAAAUGAAACGAUAGUAAUGGAAACGGAAACCGCCGUAGUAACGCUGGAAGAACUAUAUGAAGUUGAUAAGAAUUUGGAUGACUAAAGCAAAAAUAAGUUUUUGUUUUUGAAUUAAGCUAAUGAAGUGUAGAUAUGUAUUAAAUAGUAUAAAAAUAAAUUUUUUGGAUAUUUAAUAAUAAAGUUAACAUUA